AUGGCCGCCGAAAUAAUCGUUGAUGUAGGAUCAUCAAGUUCGAAUUUAGUACAAGUUUAUCAUCAUUAUUCGUGUAGAUCGUCAUCGUCGCCGUCAUCGCCGUCAUCGCCAUCGCCAUCUUUCGGGAGUAUCGCACCGGAAAUAAUACCACAAACGAAUAAUUUUACAUUUUCACCGAUUUCGAUCGGUCAUUUUAAUCCUUAUAAUUACUACCCGAUACCUGCCGUAUCACCGCCAUCUUUAAACGAUUACAAAACGAGACAACAACAAUCUUUUUUAAAUCCUUCGUCUAUUUACGGUAGAAGGCCGAGAGGUGAAAAAAAACCGAUACCCGAUGAUCAAAAAGAUGACAGGUAUUACGAAAGGAGAAAAAGAAAUAAUCAAGCGGCUAAAAAAUCAAGAGAUGCAAGAAAAUUUAGAGAAGAUCAGAUAGCAUUAAGGGCGACAUUAUUAGAACACGAAAAUGCCGUUUUACGUGCACAAAUACUCACGCUGAGAGAAGAAACGCGAAAUUUACGUGAAAAAAUUAUUUAUAAUAAAUGUGUUAGAACUGAACACGUGAUUGUUGUCGUCUGCUCUUCAACAUUUAAAAACAUCGUCUGCUAA